AUGUCAUCCGAUCAAAUUAAUAUAAAUCCUGAUAAGGAUAAACAACGUCCUGUUGAAGUAAUUGAUUGGAAUGGAUUAGUUCAAUAUACACAAAUUUUAUGUCAAGGUCCAACGAGCAAAGUCAAAAUAUGUUUAAUUGAUGAAGAAGAUGAAGAAAUUUGUAUACAAACUAAAGAUGAAUUUGAUUUAAAUGUUAAAUAUGCACAAGAUCAUGGUAUGAAAUCUUUAUCACUUGUUGUCUAUAUUGAUGAUAAACAUAUAUUUAAUGGAAUAUAUCAUAUUGAAAAACCCAUUGAAAAAUUAGCUUUUCCUAUUGAUAAAUUAAAAAUUCUUGAAGAUAAAGUUCUUGCUGAAAAAUGGUAUAUACCAGUCAAACAAGAUGAAGCAUUAGGUGUUUGUCUUACAGCAGCAAUUAAAAUAGCACAAGAAGGUAAAAUUGAGGAAAAUGCUGAUUGUAAACGUUUUGUUGAAAAUAUUGUACCAGAUGCAUUUUAUAAAUUACAAACUACUAAAUCAGUUUUUUCAUGGCCACGUGAAGUUCAAUGUGGAAUAUUUGAAAUGCUUGAAUUAUUUAUUGAUUUAAUUGGUACUCGACUUCUUUAUCCACCUGUACCAAUAGAAUUAUUAAAUACACUUGCUCUAACAUUUGAUACAACUACAGCAUUUUCUCAAAAACAUAAAAAUGAAUCUUUACCAAUACGACGUGUAUAUGCAUUAAAAGAUGAAGAUUUCUUACGUGAAAAUAUUGGUAAUGAAACAUUUGGUUGGCUUCGAUCACUUAUUCAACGUUUUAUUGCACAAAAUGGUUUACAAAGUAUUCGUUUACAAUUUGAAUAUAUUGAUUCUUCAAAUUCAAUGACAGCUGCAAAGGAAUAUAAUGCAUUACUUAAAAUAUUUUCAAAAUGUAAUUUAUGUAUAAAUGCUCAUCGUUUUCAUUUAAUUUUUACACGAUCAAUUCGUCAAGCACUUCAAUAUCUUCAAACACAAGACACUUCUAAUGAAUUAAAAGAAUUAUAUGAUACAUUAAUUGAUAUUUGUUAUAAAUAUGAAAUAAGAGAUGAAAUAGCUAAAUUACGUGCAUUACCAUAUAAUUCAAAUGUCGAUGAAACGUUAUCAACAUUGGUUGAUAGUUGUUCAGAAACAACACCACUUAUUGAGAUAUCAAUGCCUGUACAACGAAAAUCCAAACAUCAAGAUUGUUAUGAAACUCUUGCUGAAAAUAUUCGAAUAUUGACUAUGAAUAAUAAUGAUGCAGAACGAAAAAAUAUUAAAAAACAACGAACCGAUGAACAAAUACCAACACCAUUAUUUACUCGUAAUAAUAUUAUGGAUUGUAUUGAUGAAUUAUUAACUUCAACAGAGAAACGUUCACUUAAACGAAAACAUCAUCGUGAACAACGUUCAUCAUUAUCAUCAAUGAAUACUGGUCAUAUAAAUAAAAAAGAAAUAAAACGAUCAAAUACAAUAACAAUUCCUCCAAAUACAACUUAUGAUCGAUCAAAUCCUGAAGAUAUUCUUCGUUAUUUUGCACCAAUGAAAUUAAAAAUUGCUGCUCUUUAUGAUAAUCUUCAAUUAGCAACAUCGAAUGGUGAUUUACGUGAAGUAUUAAAAAUUGAAGAAAAAAUUAAAUUACUUCAUCCAUUUUCUGCACGAUUUAUUGCUGAUGAAAAUACACCUGAUGGUACACCAAUGAAACCAGGACAAAUAUUUCGUAAAGGUUGGAUACUUCUUAAUGAUGGUUCAAUGCCAUGGGAUAGUAAUGAUAUUCAAUUAAUUAAUUUAAAUGAUGGUAUUCAAGUUCUUCAACAACCAAUUGUACCAGUAACAGCACCACAUGCACGAACUGUUAUUAGUGUUGAAUUUAUGUGUUCAAAUGAACCAGGUAUAUAUGAAAGUAAAUGGAUUCUUUCUUAUCGUCAACAAACAUUUGGACCAAUGAUAUGGUGUACAAUUGAAGUUAGUCAAUGGUCUAUUAUUGAAAAUGAACUUCAAUCAAUAACAAGUUCAAGUUCAUUGAAUGAAUUAGAUUAUGUUGAAGUACCAUUACCAGAUUGUUUUGAUUUAUCAAAACCAUAUCAACCAGGAAUGAAAACAUCAAGCAACAGUUCAAUGCAUACAAGUUCUAUUUUACAUUGUGAUGAUUCAACAGAAUUAUUAUCAACAUAUUUUAAUACAGUUGAUAUUGAUGAUCUUCAAAGUUCAUAUCAGAGUGAUACUGAUAGUCUUUCUACUUUUACGGAUUCAUCACCGGUCGUACCACAAAUAGAUGAAACAUCUCUUACAACAAAUUCAACUUUAGAAAAUCCAACAAAAUUAAUUGAAUUACCAUUAUCACCACCACCAACAGAAAAUCGAUCAAUGACAUCAUCAGUAGUUCCUAAUAAUAAUGAAGAAAAUCAAUCAAUACGAUUAAAUCCACCAUUGGAUUUUGUUGAUACAGUAGUUACAAAUAUUUUUACCGUUGCUAAACAAGCAGGUUCAACAGCAAAAGCUAUUUUUCAUACAUUACAAGCAUAUGAUGAACCAAUUACACCAGUAACUCCACCUGUUCAAGAACAAGAAAAACCAAUAUUGAUUAAUACAUAUAAUGCAGAUGCCACAAAUACUCAUGGUUUUUCGGGACGUAUUACUAAUACUUCAAUAAGUACAGAUUCAUCGGAUCCAAUGAAAACAUUAAUUGAAAUGGGCUUUGCUAAUCGAGCUAAAAAUCAACGUUUACUUAAAGAAAAUGCUAAUGAUUUAGCUAAAGUUAUAGAAUUAUUAACAAUCGACAACAAUGAUUCUGAUUGGUUUACUCAUCGUCAUUAG